CGCAGAGGGACGGGUAGGAGCGCUUCGGAGUAGCUUCGCGGAAGGGCGGGAGCUUGGCUAGUUGAGGUGGCGGGUCGGUUGGGAGCGUGGUUGGGCGCGAGGCAUGGCGGAGGCGGCCCUGCCAAACUCAGGUGUCUUAAAUCCAGAUGCAACUGAUUUUGUUCCAAGAGAAAGACAAAUUUUCAAUCCAAAUUGGAGCAAUCAAUCCAGGCUGGAAUUUGAUUGUGAUUCAAGCAGAAAUUCUUUACCUUCUUCUGUUCAAACUAGGCAUAGUAAAUGUGAAGAUUCAGUUACAGAUCAUAAUACUUUCUACAGCCCAGAAAGCCAGCAUGGAUGUCAGCCAGAUUCUUCACGAUUUCACAAUAUUGGUAAAACUAAAAGCAGUAACAUACAUAGUCAGCGGUGGCAAAGAUCAAGGAAUGAUCGAACACAUGGGAAAAAUCAAAUGAAGCAAUUACCUGCAGGGAGCACAGAGGAUUCUACAUGUUUAGGCACUAGAUUAGUUGUAGGGCGUAGGAUGAAUCAUAGAGAAUACAGCGAUUUCUCUUCAGACAGUGAAAAAGAAACUGCUACUGCAAAUAACAGAGGAGCAAAGCCGAAGAAGACAUAUUUGAUGCAUUCACGUGGAAGAGGAUUGAAAGAAAAAGAGAAACAUUCAUCUGAGAGGGAAAAAAGAAUAUCAACUAAAUGGAAAGAAAAGGCUUUUGAAAAUAUUCCAGCAGUAGAUCCAACCCAGUCAGAUUCAUCUGAAACAUCUCUUGGAAAAACAGUAUCUGAUGGCUUUUCUGACAAUAGCAUUGCAAGAAGAAAAUACCCUUUUGCAAACAGGCAUUUUAGAGAAUCUGCAUGGAAUAAAGAAACUGGCAAAAAGCAAGAUACAUCCAGAAGUAAAAAUGCAAAACAUGUUAAGAAUGCAUCUCUUCCACAUCCUCCCAGAGAACGCACCAGUGAGAAGAGGAAAGAAUCUGUAUUGCAUGAAAGAGGUCCAAACUUAGUGAGUGCGGCAGAGACACAGUCGUUCUGUGAAGCAGCUACACGUGAUGGGAGGAAACCACUUCUUCAAGAAGGAUAUAAAAACAGAUGCUGGAAAAAGCAAAUUGAUGCACCAAAGAGCAAAGAAACUCAUACAGGGUCUCUGAUAGAGCAGCUUACCUCAGAAAAAUAUGAAUGUAUGGUAUGUUGUGAGGUGAUCCGUGUGGUAGCCCCAGUUUGGAGUUGCCGGAAUUGCUAUCAUGUUUUCCACUUAAGCUGCAUUAAGAAGUGGGCAAGAUCUCCAGCAGCACAGACUGAAGAUGGUAACUGUGGCUGGCGGUGCCCUGCGUGUCAAAAUGUUUCAUCACAAGUUCCUAGUAUUUAUACCUGUUUUUGUGGCCGGGUAAAAAAUCCUGAAUGGAAUAGAAAUGAAAUACCACAUAGUUGUGGAGAAUUAUGUAGAAAGAAAAGAUCAGCUCAAGAUUGUCCACAUUUAUGUAAUAUACUUUGUCAUCCAGGACCUUGUCCAUCCUGCCCUGCUUUCAUGACCAAAAAAUGUGAAUGUGGACGUACAAGCCAUUCUGUUCGCUGUGGGUAUUCUUCUGCAAUUCAGUGUACUAAUACAUGUGGGAAUGUUUUGAACUGUGGUAAACAUAAUUGUACCCAGAUAUGCCAUUCGGGAAAAUGCCUGCCAUGUGAAUUGACUGUAAAACAAGUAUGUUACUGUGGGAGCACCUCUCGAGAAGUGUUAUGUGGAGCAAGUGAAGAUUGGUUUUCAUGCCUGAGAACUUGUGGGAAAAAAUUAUCCUGUGGAAUGCAUAGCUGUGAACAAGUAUGCCACCCACGGCCCUGUCAGCCGUGUCCACGGCUUCCACAAAUAGUGCACUGUUGUCCUUGUGGACAGACUCCUCUUAGUAAAUUACUAGAGUUGGGGUGUACGGAACGUAAACUCUGCACAGAUCCUAUCCCAUCAUGUGGAAGAACAUGUGGAAAACCUUUACCUUGUAGUAGCUAUGAUGCUGUGCAUACAUGUGAAAAUCUCUGUCAUGAAGGCGAAUGUGGGCAGUGUUCUCGCACAUCAAAGGUCUACUGCAGAUGUGCCUUAAAUUUAAAGGAAGUUCCAUGUGCCUCUCUCAAAAAUCAAGUUAAAGUUCCAUUCUUAUGUGACAAAAGAUGCAACAAGAAAUUGUCGUGUGGACGACACAAAUGUAAUGAAACAUGUUGUGUGGAUAAGGAGCACAAAUGCUCUUUGAUUUGUGGACGUAAACUGAAUUGUGGUAUCCACAGAUGUGAGGAACCUUGUCACCGUGGCAAUUGUCAAAAGUGUUGGCAGACCAGUUUUGAGGAAUUAACUUGUUAUUGUGGUGAAUCAGUGAUUUAUCCCCCAGUACCUUGUGGUACUCGACCACCAGAAUGUAAAAAAUCAUGUACUAGGCCUCAUGAAUGUGAUCAUCCAGUUUAUCAUUCCUGUCAUAGUGAAGAGAAAUGUCCACCAUGUACAUACCUUGUUCAGAAAUGGUGUAUGGGAAGGCAUGAAUUACGGAGCAAUAUUCCUUGUUACCUCACUGAUAUUUCUUGUGGUCUUUGCUGUGAUCGAAUGUUAAAAUGUGGAAUGCACAAAUGUAAAAGGAUCUGUCACAAGGGGGAGUGCCUCAUAGAUGAAGAGUGCAGACAGCCAUGCACUAUUCUUAGACUUCACUGUAAUCAUCCAUGUAUGUCUCCAUGCCAUCCAUCUUUACCUUGUCCUACAACUUCUUGCCGUUCAAAGGUUGAACUUCAGUGUGAGUGUGGAAGAAAAAAAGAAUCUAUGAUUUGCUCAGAAGCAGCAAGUACAUAUCAUAGAAUAGCUGCAAUAUCAAUUGCUUCUAGGUUAACCGAUCCACAACUUGGAGAUUCAGUAGAGAUAAGCAGAUUGAUUACCAAAAAAGAAAUGAAGCAAACCAGGUUGCAGUGUGAUGAAGAAUGCUUGGCUCUUGAAAGAAACAGACGGUUUGCUGAGGCUCUUCACAUAGAUGACACUUCUGAUCCAUUCAAUGUUCGUGUCUCUGCACCCAAGUACAGUGAUACGUUGAAAGAGGAUGGAAGAAAAGAUUUAAAGUUUGUCAGUGAAGUUGAGAAAGAAAUGAAAGUUCUUAUAGAAGCAGUCAAUAAGAGCAAGCACACAAAGAAGAGUCACUGUUUUCCACCCAUGAACCGAGAACACCGUCGAAUCAUCCACGAACUUGCUCAGGUUUACGGCAUUGAGAGUGUGAGCUAUGAUAACGAACCAAAGCGCAAUGUUGUUAUCAGUGCGGUGAAAGGGAAAUCAGUUUGUCCAACAGUUACUCUGACAUCAGUACUUACGAAGGAGAAACAGACCAGGCCUCCCCCACCUAUUCCUCAUCACAAACAAUCAGAAAAACCUGGGAAUAGCAGCACAGAGAGACGGUUCAAAGAAGAGACAGUUAUUGACUAUUUUGAUGUACAAGACUGAUGAGAUUAACCUGGAAUUAUGCUGUUGAAAAUUGGAAGUGAAGCUACAAAUGUGUUCAGGAUCAUUUUUGUCAAAAUAUAUUGUUUUAUAUAUUUGAAGUUCAUCAUGCACACAGCAGAGGAAAAAAAUGGUUCAUCAUUUUUAUGUAAGGCAAGAUAGAAUAUUAUAACCAUUUGUGAUUGAAUAAUUUAAAUGGGAUCAGGUCACAAUGAUAUAUGUGCAUCUACAGUCAGCUUCUCAUGUAAGCCAUUGAAUGGUUAGUCAAUGGUAUGUAAGGAAUUCCUGGUGCAACGUAGAUUCCCAUCUUUGUCGUUUGUGGAUCUCAAGGAUCAGGAGUAGUACCAGUAAGCAUGACCUAUUCUUCCUCUCUUGAAGGCAUAAAUAUGUGAGGGAAAAACGUUAAAAAGGAACUAGUAUAAAAUUUUUCAGCAGACACAUAACAGUGAUUAUUAAUAAAGUAUGUGAGAAGUCUGAUUAUAUUUGUAAAUUUAGAUAAACUGCUAAAACACUAAAGUUAAAAUCACAAUAUACACAAAAUAGUCCUAUAAGUGUUUCAGAUUCAUGAUGUUAGUAACAAUAGAAUUGUUGAUCUAAGAAAAUGGCACAGUUUAUUUCUAAACUUUGAUGGCCUUUUUCAUCACUCUUUCUUUUAAAUGCUAGAUCCUUUCAGAUUGUGACUGUACAGUAAGGAAUUAAUUUUGUGGCUCUUCUAAUAUGACUACAAUUCCUAGCAGCUCAAGGCAGCAUACUCAGCAGUAAAGGAAGUACUGGAGAGCCAUAGAUUUUCUAUCCCUUGUAUGGUUAGGAGAAUAUUCAUUUUGUAAAUUUAUACAUUCAGAGUGAGAAUUUGGUGGGGUUUUUUUUCUUCAGUUAACAGUAGCAUAUAUGAUUAUGUUGGACUAUGGUGAUAAUGCUACUUUGUUUAAAUUAGCAAUUCUUAGCAUAUAAAGAAAUUAUGGGCAAUUAUGAAUGAAGCAGUAGUGGAAGGUUGUCAACAACAUUUUGUUUCUGGAGAGCUUUCAAUUUCCUUAAUAUCUUCUCUGUUUAAUCAUCCCUGUGUGGGAAACUUCUGAUGUCAAAAGUGUGUUAUCAGGCUGCCACCUUGGUGUGGAAGAAUGUUAUAUGAAAGGUAAGUUAGUUACCUUGAUUUUAUAAAUUGUUAGCCUGUUUUCCACAAAAUAUCUGUGACAUCUUACUGCAUGUAGGAUAUCCUGACUUUUUCUGGAUUAUAGCUUGUGUUCAUUAAUACUUUGCAAAUAUAUUAAUUUCUGGUUUAUUUCUCAAUGAAGAUUUGUUUAUUUAUUUAGCAUAUGGCAUUCAAAGAGGAACAUGAAUAAGCAUUUUUAUAGCUUGAAAAUUGUAACAUGAGAAAUUGUCAUAUCUUAAAUUUAGGAAUAUGCUUGAAUUUAAUUCAACAGAGAUGGUGAAUUAAAUAAUAUGGCAUGUAUUUACACCUAUUAUAAUGAAUUCUUGUUACUUCCUUAUAUAUAUUUAGGUAGCCCAUGACAAAGUACAAACUAGCAUUCUCAUAAAUAUUAAUAAUCAAAGAAAUGAUAGAACAUUAUUGUUAGGUAGAAACCUAUUGGCAACAUAACUAAAAUUUGAGCAUUUUUCUGUUUCCAAAUACCCAAAACAUGAUCUAUUCCAUUUCAAUACCAAUAUACUGAAGUUGUGCUAGUAUCAUUCCAGUAAAUGAGUUGAUUUCCUGCACUAUAGGGGACUGUGUAUAGACAGAUUAUAUUCAAUUUGUUGAUGAGUUACCACAUUUGCUAGAGAGCUUAUAGGCAUAGGCAAAAGAGCUGCUAAGUAUAUGUGAAGUUUGAAUAAAACUAAAGAAGAAUGUACAACAGAUCUAUUGGAAUGUAUAUAAAUGUGGAAACCCAAUGCUUAUCAAGUAAGCUACAAUAUAAACCAAUUGUAUCUUUACAGAGGAAGGAUGUAGACGCACAUUUCUAUUCAUUGUUUGUUCUAGAAAGAAUUGUUUAUCUGCAUAAACUGAUAGGCACAUGGUACUAACUUAAAAGCAAUAUUUGUGUAUGUGAACUUGUUAUAAGAAGUUACAUAUGCAGAAAAGGUUUAUUCAUUUUUAGUGCUUAGCACUUUUUAUUUAUGUGAUGUGGUUUCAAAGUGAUUGAUCCUGCUGUUGCUUGGUGAAAAAGUGCCAUGUGAAUAUUAAGGGAUUAAACAGGUAUUUAUUUUUA